AUGUGGAAUGCAUUAAAGAUUCAACGCUUUUUCCGGCUCCUACCGAUCCUGCUGCUCCUCCUGACCAAGUUUAGUUUGGGCCAGCAGACGCACAUCAAACUGGAGCAGGGAGAUCUAGUUGGGCUCAAAGUCUUUCCCGAUGGAGCCCGUGGUGCUGUCUAUGCCUUUUUGGGCAUUCCAUAUGCCCAGGCUCCGGUCAAUGAACUACGUUUUGCGCCCGCCAAACCCAGUCCCAGUUGGAAUCGCACCCUCCAGGCCACCGCCAUGCAGCCCCUUUGCCCGCAGCUCUCGAACACCGUUUAUGACGAGAGCUCGGAUGGUACGAUUCCCAGAUCAGUGAGCACAGAUGAGGACUGCCUCUACCUCAAUGUUUGGACGCCGGAAUCGGGGAUGCGGUAUGGCAAGCUACCCAUCGUGAUCAUUGUCACGGGUGAGGAGUUCGCCUACGAUUGGCCACGAAAUCGCAUCAAUGGAUUGGAUCUGGCCGGGGAGGGUAUCGCCGUUGUGAGUGUGCAAUAUCGGAACAAUAUCUACGGAUGGCUGGGACUAGGAGAACAACAUCGUCACCUGUCGGGAAAUUAUGGAUUAAGUGAUGUCAAUAUGGCCUUGCGAUGGGUUCAAAGGAAUGCAGAUGCUUUUGGUGGCAAUCCGGAUCACGUUACCUUAUUGGGUCACGGAAGUGGUGGAGCUCCACUGGCGUUGGCUGUCGCUCUGCACGAGUCUCAGCUGGUGAAGAAACUAGUGCUCAUGUCACCGGGUCCUAUUAUGCGUUCUCUGGGCAAGAAUCACCAUCGGCGGAUAGUGGGAACGGGUCAGGUUCUCGUCCAGAAAUUGGGCUGCCAGUUCGAGGAGGCCCAACGUCGUCAACUGAUGGGUUGCCUGAGGCGAAAGAGUCGUGAGGACCUGCUCCGAGCCUACGAAAGUGUAUACAACCAUGGCAAUGGUAGCUCCCAGCUGGGCGUAAUUCUGCCCGGAGGUUUAGAAUUGGAGCAGAGGCUGCGAAAUGAGACGCUACCACCCUUGCUCCUGGGUAUAACCUCAAAUGAAGGUGCCUUCCUGCAGGACUACUGGUUGGAUGUGGCCCGAGUGGGUCAGUUGGCUCUGCAGGAGUACAUCAAUCACACCCUUUUGCCCAAUGUAAUGCGAUCUCUGGAAUCAACGGGUGAAGAGAGUGCCUCCCAACUGGCAGCCAUCAGAUGGAGAUACUUCAAUGGCAAGGGAGAAGGCGUAAUCCAUCUACUGAGCGGAAUGCAACGGCUACUCUCCGAAUCCCUGUACGAGCUGCCCUUUUUUUGGCUGAUGAAUUUGGUCAAUGGAAGCACCACCAGCUAUGCCUACGUCUUUGAUCAAUCCCAAUCGAUGGACAUGCGGGGCAGAAGGAAUCUCUUCGGUGGAGCCUCCCACAGCUCGGAUCUUCCCCUGCUCCUGGGUCCCAGUUUGUUCCAGCAGAUAGCUCGUCGCAGAUUCAGCGGUGAAGAGGAGCAACUGUGCCGUAAGCUGAGGGGAGCCUUUGCGAAUUUCAUUAAGAACGGGAAUCCUACUCCAGGCAGAAUAUACGAUGGAUGGUUGCCCUACAACAAGGAGAAUCCAUUCGUUUACAGCUUGGGAGAGCAGCCGGCGAAGUCAUCCCAAGCGGGUUCAGUGGAUGAGGCAGAGGUAGAGAAGUUACUCAGAGCAGAAACAGGAGUUUCAGGCCUGGAUCGGAGUCUAUCUCGGAGCAACCGCCACGACUCGUACAGAGCCACCCACGCCAACUCCUACACAGCCAGUAAUCCGCAGGAUUCCGGCUACUCCAAUCACUUGCAAAGGGUUCAUGGAUUCUGGCAGGUGCUGCUACCCCUGGAAAGGGAGGACGACUUGAGAGGAGGCGCCCUGGGUCAGCGCGUCCGACUCCUGGAGGCGAAUGCCGAUGCAGCACGCUAUCGCCAGGGAUUCUUCGCCAUGCUGGGAUUGGUCUGCCUGCUCCUCGCUUGCCUCUGCCUUUGUGUCUAUCUACUUAAAAGGGAUCCCAAUCCAAUGCGAAGACGCAGUGCGUCCUCGGCUUCAGACUGCUAUAGCUUAUGA